CCGUAGCUCUUUCAGCCGGAGCACACUGGAAUCUUCCUUUACUACAUGAAACACAGUCAUGACAGACCAAGAGUAUGUUCUUUGCACCUGGAAGAAGCGUUUAUGGCCAGCAAAGGUUUUGCGCAAAGCUGGAGUUGCGAGGGAGAUUUCUUUGGAAGUUGAAAUACUUGGUUUGAAAGAACAGAUCAGUGUGAGCUGUGCAGAUGCUGAACCACUGAAGGAAGAACAUAUAGUGAACAUUGCCUCUAAUUUAGAUCAAAGGAAUAAUUUGAGUGAGGCUGUGGAAGAGCUGCGGUAUCGCCGGUCUCUUAAAAUUGCCCUGGAUAUUUUGAAUCCAAGUGACUCACCCAAAGAAGUACCACCUCCAGAAAACAGGCAAAGUACUCGGUUUUCGCAGGAGAACCAUUCAGGAUCUCUCUCACUGACUCCCUUUUGUAGCUUCUUUAAAGAUAGGUUGGAGCCUCAGGCUUCCAAGAGGAAAGGAGAAGAAAUAAAUAGCCCCAGCCUGAAGACUAGUUUAGAAAAAACAAACUGGAAAGGUUCUUUUGUUUUGGAGGAGAGUGCAGAAGCACAUGAAAGUGGAACAAACCCUUCCAGAUGUGAGACUGAGGACCUGUCUCGUACGCUGAACUCGGAGAGUCAGAACUUCAAAGAACCAGAAUCGGAAUCACCACCAAGACAGAAAACCAUCGAGCCCAGAUUGUUGCCAAAAACCAGAGCAGGAAAUAAAGUCUCCCCUAAACCAAAGGAGGAAAAAAGUAAGCAAGGAGGAAAACAACCAAGCAGUGCAGGAUUUCCUGUGUUGUGUAGGAAUGAUUUCCCUGAGGAUCAAGUACAGCCUUUUGCUGAGGAGGGGUCUGCCCAGUCUGUCCCCUGCACAUCUGGCACAGUGGUACCUGUCAGAAGUGCAAAGACCAGAAGUCAACUUAAAAGGACAUUACUGGAUUCCUCUUGUAAAAGUGCCUUGGAUGACUUGGAAAAAAGCACCAGCAGUGAAAGUCUGGCAAAGCAAUUAGAUGGAAGGAAAAAGCCAGUGAGUUUAAAACAAGUUAAUGGAGACCAAAAGAUCGGUGCAACUGCAUCUUCAUACAGGAAAAGGAAAUGCAGGAAUUGCCCUGAGUCUUCAUCUGGGCCUUCUAAUGAAGGGGUGCUUUCUGAUAGCAAAUCCUCACAGUGUGAAGAAGAGGAAAGUAAGAAUACUGCACCUGUGGUCAUGAAUAAAGUAAAGCAGUUUCAGCUGCCUGACUUUGAAGAAGAUGAAGGACUGGAAUCGUCUGACCUGUCUUCAAAGAUACUUUCCUCAGAGAGUCUCUCUCGCCUCUCGCCUCUGGUAGAUGAAGAGGAGGAGGAUGAAGAACUUCCUAGUGUUUUAUCACAUCAAGAACCACAGUCAAUUGAAGAAGGGAUUUUGGUCUGGUGCAGAUUGCGAAGGUACCCGUAUUGGCCAGCAGUGGUGAAAACUGUGAAGCGGAAACACCGAAAGGCCUGUGUGCUGUUAAUAGAAGGGAAUACAAAUGACAAGAAAAAAGGUUUUUCAGUAUCUCUUAGGAGUCUGAAGCACUUUGAUUGUGAAGAAAAGCAGGACCUCAUAGAACGAGCCAAAGAAGAUUAUCGCCAGGAGAUUGAGUGGUGUAUUCGACUGAUUUCUGACUAUCGAAUUAGAGUAGGUUGUCAUUCUUUUACGGGAUCCUUCUUGGAAUAUUUUGCUGAUGAUAUCAGCUACCCAGUUAGAAAGGAAGGUUAUCAAGGUUUAGUCCAAAUCACCUUUCCAGAUGUGGCAGAGGAAAAUACUGAAGAGUCUUUAUCAGAAACAUCACUUCAGAAGCCCUCCAGGAAACUUCUUCCUGACAGGACAAGAGCUGCUAGAGAUAAAGCAAAUAAGAAGAUAGUGGAGUUUAUAGUGAAGACUAAGGGGGCUGAAGAGCAUCUUUUGGCUAUUUUGAAAAGCAGAAAGCAAUCCCGGUGGCUGAAGGGAUUCCUGAAUUCGAGACAGUAUGUGACCUGUGUUGAAACCUAUUUGGAGGAUGAAGAGCAACUGGACCUUGUAGUGAACUACUUGAAGGAAGUGUAUCACGAAAUAGAGGCUAAACAUCUGCAUCACAUAAAUGGAGAUGGAAUAAAAUUUAUUUCAGAUGUUCUUUUGCCUGAAGCCAUCAUUUAUGCCAUUUCUGCUGUGGAUGAUAUAGAUUACAAGAAGGCAGAAGAGAAGUACAUCAAAGGACCAUCUGUGAGCAAGAGGGAGAGAGAAAUCUUUGACGAAGAAAUCCUAGAAAGAAAGAAGUGGAAGACCAAACCAGCACUUGCAGACGGGGUCUGAACAGCAGCACAACCUUUCCCCAGCUCCCCUGGCACUGAGUGUAUGUCAUGAAGUGCUUAUUUGUAUAAAAAGUGUAAUUCUUACUCUUCAAAACCUGUUUGUGUAUCUCUGAAAGAGGUAGUCAUUGUGCUGCUCUCGGAUGCAGUCCUGUCUUCAGUCCUUGCUCCCCAUUCUGUGCCCUGGAGCUGUUCUUGCUGUGUUGAACUGACUGUGAAAGACAAUGCAACAGGCCUUGGGAGCACUGUGGGUGUGUGGCUGCCUCAAUCCUCAUCCAUUCAGCAUCCUUAACACGGAGCUGCAGGUGCUUUGCAGAGCUUCUUGAUAGAAUGCUGAGUUUUAUAGGAGUUAUUUUGGCCAAAUAGCUGACAACGGGAGGGCUGUUCUCUUUGAUGAGCACAGACUGGUGGAGGAUAUAGCCAUGUGUUGCUGGGUGACUUUACCACUACUGAAUGUCUGCGGGUUUCCUGUAUAAAAACAUUCCCACCGGAUUGACUGUUCCUGCUUUACGUGUCUCGAAGUGUGGGGAAAUAAAAUCGGUAGCUAGUGAUGCAAGCAGAAUAA